UCCCAGCACCCCCCAGGAUGACGAUGUGGAGCCGCGUGUGGGUGUUGUCUGCACUGGCUGCCUCUGCGGCGGUGACGGCAACCAACGAUGUAUUCCCGGAGGAGGAGCCCGACGCGCCCCCGCCUCUGCCACACCCAGGCGCCCACCGCAGGUCCCAUAACGAUGUCUUUCCCCUGGAGGAGGAAAACCUAGAUGUGCCUCGCCUCCGACACGCCUCCAGGCACCAUAAGGUCCACAACAUCGUGCUUCACCCGCAGAACUCCAUGUGUGAACUGAAACCCAUCCGCCAGAUUGUGACCCACGCCCUCUGCACCUCCAAGGAGAUGGAGAACAACGUGUGUGUAGGCACGUGCUUCAGCUACACUGUCCCCCAGACGGAGCCAGAGACCCCUGGUGACGAGAUGCUCGACUACUGCGACUCAUGCCAGGCCUCGGAGUCUCACUGGACCACGAUCCAACUGGACUGCGAGGAGUAUGGCAACACGUACCAGGUCACCAAGAAGAUACAGAUGAUCACAAACUGCUCCUGCUCGGCUUGCCACCCCAGAGGACAGCAGGCCACCACGGACAAUGAAGUCACCUACCCGUCUAACGAACCCCGAGUAUCCGAACCCUUCUUCAAGAUGCUGCCCGAGUCCCUGCAGCGGCCUGACUUGAACCGGGAGCUGGAAUUCACGAAAACUUCCCUCGAUGAACUUCGUAAGACAUACUCCAUCGACCCCCACCACGAGCAAGGGCCCCAUGGGAAGGUGGUCUUCAAGUUACCUCCAGCUUUCAACACUAAUGAGGACGAGGAGGAUCCAAAUGUCGUCAUGUCCUAUUAGAGAGGAUAAUGUUUAUAUUAGCUUAGCCUCCCAUGCCUCCGCUACAUUCCUUUCUCCAGCCCUCAAGAGGCUAUUUCUAUUCCCGUUCAUUUUUUCACAUUAUCGAGUCAAAGGAAACUUGUUCAUGCUUCUCACAUCAAUUCUUCGCGGCUCCUGGUGUACCGGAAGCCACGACACGGCCUGCACAACCCUCACACUGCCUACAUGAGAGACACUAACAGUAUUUUCAUGUUAUAGGGAGAGACACCAUAACAUAGCAACUUCACUACCACGCUCAUUCUAUCCCCGCCCUUCUCUCUUUCUAGAAAACAGAUCUUCAAUAUAUUAUUCUGUAUUACACGCGAUAUCUUUUGUAUAACAUGUACGUAGAUUCAUUUGUGCCAUGAAUGAUCAUCUCAAGCCGGUGUUUCGGAGAGGACAGCAAGGGUAGUGACUGCAUCCUAUCGGGUCAGUCAGUGUGUGGUGGCAGGCGGGUGGCUGUAACUCCAAGCUGAUAAUUAAGUCAAUAUUUUCACCCUUUACCUCAAAUCUCCAGGGAUAAGAUAAUCUGGACGAGCUCAAUAACUGCAUUUUUUUUUUUCUAGGAAUGGGAUUGUCAAAUGUACUUACUUUUGUCCCUUUUCAUUCACAUUGUGUAAGGGAAAUAAAUUGAUAAGUAGUGAUAUGAUAGAUGAAUAUAUAAAGAAAUACCAAGGGUUUCUAAAUAUUUACUUCAGUUUUCUUCACGACAAGAUUCUUUAUGAAAAAUAUUAUGAACCAAAAGUGUUAGAUUAUCAAAUGAACCCUAUUUUCCUUAUUCCCAAUCUGUCCGAGAGAGAGAGAGAGAGAGAGAGAACUACAAUAAGUAUAACAAUUUUUCUACUCAAUUUCUUCUCUACACAGUUUUUUUUUUUUUUUUUUUAGGAAAUGGUUUGUUUUUUAUGUAUCUUGUUAUUUCUAUCCCGGAGAUUUGUCAGACACACGCCUCGCCACCAAACAAGAUAUGUCACGUUUAAAGCUACACAUCUUGCAGUCAAACACCGCCUCCAACCACAAACAUGAAGCAUACUUAGAAAUAAUGGUAUUCACUAGUGACUAUAUAUAUAUAAGAAGUAUAACCAUUUGAAUAAAGUAUGUAUAUCAAGAGCAA